GGAGCCCAAGUUAUGCUAUUGAAAAUUCGUUCCUCUAGCAGUUCCGGUUUGACCAUUCCGUUCCCUUUUUCAAACUCCACUUCUUUUCAUAUAGCAUCCCUAAUCAAAGAGAGAACAAUAUCCAUUUCAAAACAUUUCUAACGGAUUCCUUGGUUCGGACCGACGAAGUAAUGGCACUCGAUUAUUAUCAACCCGACUGCAAUCUUUUUCUGUCGGUAAGGAUUGCACCAGAGCACCUUCUACUUCUAAUAGGCCAUGAACUAUAGAUAGAGAAGAAUCAUUCUGAGCGAGUCCAUAAGAAGCGACCCACUUUUUCAUCGGUUCCGGGGGAAGACCAAAGAUCUUGCGCGACCGGUCCGCCAGAAAAACUCAAAAGAGAAAGAAGUCUCGUUAAUCUCUUCAUGCUCGUUCCAAGUUCGAAGUACCGUUUGGCCAAAGAAAAAGCCGCUUCCUGACACGAUUGCCUCUUUAUAUAGAUAGAUAUAGGAUCUAUGGGGUUAUUACUUAGAAGUCUAUUUUGUACAAGAUCCCCUCCUAUCUGAUAGAAAAGGGUCCCAUGAUCCCGAGCCGGUCUUAUCUUGGCUCGCAAACCCCAAGUUUGUCUAUGAAGAGCUAAUCUAAUUGUAUUAGUUUCUAUAAUGGAUUUCUUAUGUGGAAUACUAAUGGAUAGGGCCUCGUUGCUAAGUGCUACAAGAUCUAGUGCACUGGAACUCGUGGUUAUGGACCCGAAUCCUUUAGUAUGGAACAUUGUCUUUUCCAAGUAAAAACCCCUAGUAUAUGAAAGAAUGAAAAGGUGCUUUCGUUCUUGUGGAAUAAGAAGCCCUCGUACCUUAAUGAAAGGAAAAUAGGAAUUUUUCGUUAGGUAUUUGACCAAAUAGGAUUGUCCAGUUCCUAUAGAACCUAUCACUAAAAUACCCGAUAGGGCUAAGCGGAACGAAAAGGGUUUUCCAUGAGAUGGUAAAUGAAAACGAUUAGCCCCACACGAGGUUUGGGAAUAAGUGAUUGUCUGAUAAUGAGCAAGGAAUAUACGUCUUUCUGCUAAAGAGAAUCUAUUAAACUCAUAAUUCAUUAGAUCCUUGUUAGCAAUGUCAACUAGGUAUCAUAAGUAAAUGGAUCUCGGUUGUUCAAUCCUUUGAUAACCAAGGUCAUUCUUUGCUAAAGAGAAAUGAUCACUAUGGGUCAGACUCAAUAGAAUUGGAUCCAUUCCAAAUAGCGAGAAUUAGGAUUCUUGAUCCCUCUCAGUCUCUCUUUCAAUUCGAGGAUCCGGAGAGGUGUUUUCAUAGUCAUCUCCGAAUAUUUGCCAUCUCCGAAUAUUUUCGAUUUCAUUUUUCUAUGAUAUGUCUUUCUAUAUGAAAAUUGGUUAUUUACGAUGUACGAUGAUCCCUGUUAAGCAUCCAUGGCUGAAUGGUUAAAGCGCCCAACUCAUAAUUGGUAAAUUUGCGGGUUCAAUUCCUGCUGGAUGCACGCGAACGGGAACGGUCUAUUGGAAUUGGCUCUCUAUCCAUGGAAUCUCAUCCAUCAUCCAUACAUAACGAAUUGGUAUGGUAUAUUCAUACCAUAACAUAAGAACAAUAAGAACUCGAAUUCUUAUCGAUACUGGAACUCAGAGCAUAGGGGGGAAAGUCGAUUUAUGGAUGGAAUCAAAUACGCAGUAUUUACAGAAAAGAGUCUUCGUUUAUUGGGAAAGAAUCAAUAUACUUUUAAUGUCGAAUCGGGAUUCACUAAGACAGAAAUAAAGCAUUGGGUCGAACUCUUCUUUGGUGUUAAGGUAGUAGCUGUGAAUAGCCAUCGACUACCCGGAAAGGGUAGAAGAAUGGGACCUAUUCUGGGACAUACAAUGCAUUACAGACGUAUGAUCAUUACCCUUCAACCGGGUUAUUCUAUUCCACUUCUAGAUAGAGAAACGAACUAAAGGAGAAUACUUAAUAAUACGGCGAAACAUUUAUACAAAACACCUAUCCCGAGCACACGCAAGGGAACCGUAGACAGGCAAGUGAAAUCCAAUCCACGAAAUAAAUUGAUCCAUGGACGGCACCGUUGUGGUAAAGGUCGUAAUGCCAGAGGAAUCAUUACCGCAAGGCAUAGAGGGGGAGGUCAUAAGCGCCUAUACCGUAAAAUCGAUUUUCGACGGAAUCAAAAAGACAUAUCUGGUAGAAUCAUAACCAUAGAAUACGACCCUAAUCGAAAUGCAUACAUUUGUCUCAUACACUAUGGGGAUGGUGAGAAGAGAUAUAUUUUACAUCCCAGAGGGGCUAUAAUUGGAGAUACUAUUGUUUCUGGUACAAAAGUUCCUAUAUCAAUGGGAAAUGCCCUACCUUUGAGUGCGGUUUGAACUAUUGAUUUACGUAAUUGGAAGUAACCAAUUAGGUUUACGACGAAACCUAGAAAUCGAUCACUGAUCCAAUUUGACUACCUCUACGGGAUAGACCUCAACAGAAAACUGUUGAGUAACGGCAGCAAGUGAUUGAGUUCAGUAGUUCCUCAUAGAAAAUUAUUGACUCUAGAGAUAUGGUAAUAUGGAGAAGACAAAAUUGUUUGAAGCACGCACAGAACCGGAAGCGCCCCUUGUUUCAAAGAGAGGAGGACGGGUUAUUCACAUUUAAUUUGAUGGUCAGAGGCGAAUUGAAAGUUAAGCAGUGGUAAUUAAGACCCCCGGGUGAAAAUAGGGAUGUCUCCUACGUUACCCAUAA